GAGUGUAGGUGUUAUCCAGAAAUUAUUUGAAAUUUGUUAGUCUUAAAAUAUUCACAUAUUCACCAAUGUAGUAGCUGGCACAUUUCAUAAUUGGGGAUUUGAUUUUUCGUUGAACUAAAAGAAAUUGAUUUUAUUCAGUUGAUUAUUGAGUAAUAAUGAUAUAAAUGAAUAAGGCUUAAAAAAAGAAUGAAAAGAAUCAUACAUUUUGUUAGAUUCCCUAUUGUCCUACAAGAAAAUAAAAUAAACGAGAUUUUUUUUGUUACUUCCUAUCACCUCAACAAAAAAGUAAGGAGAGUUAAUUAAUUUAAUCAUGAAAUUUAAAUUUACUCUCCUUACAUCAUGGACACUAUUACCAACGUCCAUACCAGAUACUGAUUGUGAAGAUAAUGAGGCAAUAUUAUUUGCACAAUACUUAACUGAAUAUACAGAGAAUAAAUAUGGUUUAAAUGUAUUUUGGCCAAGACAACGUGGUGAGGCAUUUUUGCAUAAUUCAUUCAAUUCAUUUGAAGAGAGAUUUUUAACACAUUCUGAAUAUGCAUUACUCAUUGUAUCUGGUCAAAAUGCAUCAUGUUUAAAUUGUAUUUAUCCAAGAUUUCUUGUAUUUUUUACAGCUAAAAAAUCAUGGACUGAAAGAAUUUUAAUAAUUUUUUUAAAACAACCAACAUAUUUAUUAAAUUUCGAUUUAAGUUUAUUAAAACAUCCACCAAUUUUAUUCAAUGAUGAUUCAACUAAUCAAUGGAUUCAUGAUCAAGAAUCAUGGAUGAAAAUAGCAGAACUAAUAAAACAUAGAUAUAUUCCGUCAAUUAAUGAUAAUUUAUCAAGAUAUCUACUUACGCCCACAGAAUAUUAUAUUAGUCGAUGGAUGUCUGUCACGGAUCUACGUGGACAACCAUUGGCUGUAAGAAUAACUAGUACUGGUCAAAGUGACUCGAAACCAACUAGCUGGUCUGAUCUCAGUGGUAUUGAACCAAUCAACGGAACAAAAUGUGUUUUAGACUCGAUAUAUCCUAUUGGACAACGUCUAAGCCAAUCAGCAUCCGUGUUUGAACAUUCACCCACACAAUCUCGUGACAGUACGCCUAAUCUACAUUUACAUGUGAACAAUUGUAAUCGUAUGAGAAGCGUUAGUUCAAGAUGUUUUACACGAAAAUAUCACUAUCACAAUACAAUAUUUGGAUUAGAUCCUUGUUGGUCAACUUUAUCUGGAAGUCAAUUAAACGUUAUUAACAAUAAUAUUGGAGUUAAAUGUCAAAUUGACGAAACAUCACAUUAUGAAAAUUUAUUGGAAAAACGUAGUAAACAUAACGUUGAAAUCAACCUUAUUUAUAAAGAAAGUCAAAUGUGUAUUCCACAAAAACAGUCGAAAAUAAAAUCGUGUGAAUUUCUAAAUGAAUCGAUAUUGUCUUGUAAAUUAUCAAACCGUAUUAAUAAAUCAACCGGUGUUAUCAAUGAUGGCUCAGAGUACAGUAAUGCCAUUACACCAAAUCAUACAAUAAAACAUCAUCAGAGAAAGAUUAAAUUGUCACCAAAAAAACAUUUCCUAUUCAAAGAAUCAGGUCAUAUCUGUAUACCGUCAAAAAAGUUAAUAAAACUAUUUAAAUUCAAACGUAAAAAAGAUACUCAUUCUAUUAGUGAGAAAUUUGGAACACAGUCACAAUUAGAACUAGCUAAAGCUGUAAAAACCUUAUCUGAUGUUGGACAAAGUUUACUUGAACAUUCAGAAGAUAGUGUAAGUAAUCUGAACAUACUUGAAAUUCCACAACAACAACCAUCAUGUUCAUACAGUACUACUGAUAAAUUUAAUCUAAGUUGUUUAAGUAUCCACGUUGAUGUGGAGGAACAACCUGUCAAAGAUACAAACAGUGAUGAUAUUUAUCAUCAGUCAAAAUGUUUACAAGUCACACCGACUCAAUCAGUGGACUUGUCUGACUCUGGAUUAUGGAGUAUGAGUCAAAUGGCUACUGAAGAUUGUACUAAUUCACUACAACGACAUCUCAUAUCAUGUUCAGAGAGUCCAGUAUUCGAUUAUUACACUAAUAGUAACAAUAAUGAUUAUAAUAAUUGUGAUCAAACAAAUGAGAUACGAUUACAGAAAUCAAUCACAAGUCCAAUAAGUGCAUCAAAGUUUGCGGAGAUAAGACUAUCACCAUGGUCAUCGUUAAAAAUAGAUGGUCAACGGAGUAAAGAAUUCAAAUUAGAAAAAUCAAAUCAAACUACUGAUGCUACUACUACUACUAAUAAUAACAAUACCAAUACUACAACUAAUUUAUCAAAUGAACAUGGAUUAACUUGUAACCAAAAAGCCGGUGUGCAAAAUGAUACAUUUUUAUUAUUAAACUGUAAUUCUGAACAAUUCGUUAAAGAUCAACUAUCAAAUCCUUCAGUUAGUAAUAUAAACGAAUUUAGAACAAGUGAAGCUUUAAAAUUAUGUAAUAAUGAUGAUAAUAACAGUGUAACUCAUAACUUUAAUGGUCCUAUGAAAAGUCAAAUGUCUUGUACACUGAAUUUGAAGCCUUUUAGUUCAAAUUCAACCUCUUUCGAAGAGAGUACAAAUGAUAAUGAAUCAUUACACUCUCGUAUUUCGAAAUCAAAACAAAAUUAUCCUCAAGAAAAUUCUAUUUCGUCGAUUUAUCUUUCGAAAGUACAUAAUAAUAAUACUAAUAGUGACAACGCAUCCUCUACAAUUGGUGAAGAUUUUACACAACUUUCGACUUUCCAACAAAAUUCACUAAUUUCUCCAAUUGUGCAAAAUAAUAGUAUGUUGUCAGAGUAUAGUUUACCUUGUAGAAUAUCUACAACAUGUGAUGUACUUCAGAUAUCUCCUGCUACAAAAAUAUAUGAUUUAAAUAAUAAAUCUGAAAAUGAUUUUUCCACUGUGAAAGUUACUGAUUAUAAACGAUCUAUCGGUACUCAUUUAAUAAACAAUAAUAAUAGUUUGAAUGUGGAUCCCCUUCAAAUAAAUCAAGAUAUCAAAAGAAUUAUGACAGACCCUACAUUAGAACAACAAAAUCCUUACUCUAAUGAAUCAUCUCCGUUGAAUGCAGAUCAAAUGAUGAAGAUCAAUUCACAAAUAGACAUUAACAUUAACUCUUCCAAGGACUUAUCAUUAAUUAGUGUAGAAUGUGAGAAUAAUUCGACAUUUGAUUCAGAUAUUAAACAAAAUAUGAAUCCUUGUGUUAUAACCAACAUACAAACUUUGGAAAAGUCUCUAAUAGAAUCAGAAUGUACAACUCAAUUGCCAAUAUCAUUGACUACUGAUACAUCUGAACAUAACCAUUAUUUAAAUAAAAGGUUCAAUCAGUCACUGGACAAUAAUACGGAAAACCCUGAAUACCUUGACGUUGUUACUGACCAUCAAACUAACCAGUUACAAUUUACAAAUGAAUGUUUGCCAAAGCAGCUCAAUGAACAAUUGACAAUGAUGCGAAUUGUUGAGGAUAUCACAGAAUUAUCGUCCGCUCAAAUUUCCACACGAUUCAAACAACAAAAGAGGGAUCCAUUAAUUAUUCCUGAUCAUGUACAUGAUGUACACAUAGAUGAAAGAUUGAGUUUCCGUUCACUUAAUGGGUCGAUCAGUGACCAGUUAACGAAUGAUCAAUCAGUCCCGUCAACCCAGGUGAAACAAAUCUUUUCAUCAAUUACGGAAACACCACAUGAAGAUAUGAAACCAUUAUAUUUCAAAUCAGAUUUUAAUAAUACACGAACCUUGAAGGACAAUUAUUUGUUGGAUAAUUCACGUCAAAAUUGGACAAUAGAGUUAUCAAAUGAGCUUACCAUUAAGAUAGAUGAUUCAUCGGAAACGAAAUAUGAUUUUGAUCAACUAACUGAAGGAAUGUCAAAUGACAGCGAAAAGCUGUCCAUUGAUCUGGAAAUCAACAAAUUACCAAUUGAGAAAAAGGUUUCUUCAGACGAAAUAAGUCAGUCGUUGACAAUUUUACAACCCCAUAGUGAAAGCGUAGAAGUCUCAUGCAAUAAGUUUCAUACACCUAUUAAAUGGCUCAGCAGAAAGUUUUCGCUGAACGAGGAGGAUAUUUCCAGUGAUGUCAGCUCGACAAAAGGCGACCGUUUACAAGAUUCACAUGUUGAACUGAUUAGUAGUGAGCAACCCUUUGUGACUAAUACCGCUGAAUUGAUAUCUUCAAGUGUUAAUACAUAUUAUGCGAGUGGAACGAAUUUCUACGUUACUGAACCGUUAAAUGAGAAUACCACGAUCUAUUUGACAAACGUAACUCAGUCAGUAGAAAAAUUAUCGAUUAGCUCUGAUAGUCUCAAUACUAAUGCACUGGAUAUCGACGCUCAAUUCAAUAAAAUCAUUAAAACAGAGAAUGAUUCCAUUGACUCUCGGGUUAAGGAUCUUUUGCAAAGGUGUUCAUUAGAGGACAUGAACACUUUGCCAACUAUAAUUGACAUAGUAAGUUCUUCAUCCAUACAAGUUCCAUUAUCAAUCAAAAAUAAGCCUGUAAAUUGUUUAAUUAACAAUAACAUAUUAAAUGAAGAUAAUUUAACUGCAGAAAUGAAAUUAUUAACCACACCAAAUGAAUUACUGAGUGAUUACACAGUUACUGACUAUCCACUCGAAGAGAAGAAUACAUCCUGUCUGUUGUCAUGUUCAAAUACAAAUAACUAUUCUAGAAUAAAGAUGGAUCAUGAAACUAAGAAUCAUUUAAAAAAAACAUUUUUUGACAUGCUUUUAGAAAGACAGUUUCACCAUGGAGAUCUUGAGAACAUCACUGCACCCAGCGACAAAAGACAUAAUGAUAGCUUACAAACUGCUAGCAAUGAUUUUGUUCCACCGAGAAAUUCAGGUGAAUUCCACGAGUUAAAACAAACUAUUGAAGACACUCCAGAUUAUAAUGAUAACGAAUCUUAUCCAAAUGCAUUGAUCUCGUCUGAUAAUCCCAUGACAAUAGAACCUAUUACAAGUACAGGUACUACCGUUGCUCAAUCUUCAAACCAAUCUACUACAAAUUCAAGUUCAUUACCAAAUGUAAAUGAUAAUCUUGAAAAUAAUACUUUUACAGAACACUCUUCAUUAUUUCCCACUGAUUUAGUAAAACAGUUUGACGUUUUUAAAGUAUCAAUACCAGAUGAUACAGACGGUUCAAUAUUCAAAAAAUCUGUCAGUAUGAUUCAUAAGGAAACUAGAGAUAAUGCUGGACGGUUGAUCAGUCUGCUCGAAAAGGAUAAAAAAUCUACUAAUCAGCUAGAUUUGAUAUCUAAGGAUGUAUUUAUCCAAAAUAAACAUACAUGUACAGUUCCAUUGAUUACAUCUCAUAAAGAAGAGGACUGUCAUCAAUCACGUAGCAUCGACUUGUCUGAGACAACUGUUAACUUACUAGGAUUUGAUAACUCUUUCUCGACUGGAUUACCACUAGCAACUGAAGAUUUACUUUUGACUAAAGUUAACCAUUUGCAUCAUCCACAUGACCAGCGAACUAAUAGUAAGCAGUCAUUUAUGAAUACUACCGCCGAAUCAUUAUCUUCAAAUGUAAACAAAUAUUGUUCGGACGGAACGAGUCUCAGUGUUAUCGAGCCUCUAAGUGAAAAUUACUCAAUCCAUGUAAAGAAAUUAAUUCAACCUACAGCAGAAUCUCUGAAUAAUCUUAGUAUUCAUAAUAAUACAUUCAAUAUUGACACUCUAUCCGAGUUUACUAGUAAGUUAGAUGUGACAUAUAAAGAUGAAUUUAUUGAAGAUAAUCAUGCACGUACAAUUCUAUUGAUCACAGCUUAUAAAGAAGAGUACUAUGGUUCGAUGUAUGGUAUCAAUUCGCCUUCAAAAACGGUUGAUUCAUUAGGAAUUGGAAACUCGUCAUUAUCUAGAUUACUUGAAAGAAAUGCUAACAACGAUGACGAUUAUAUGGCUAGUGAUGCUACUACUACUACUACUACUACUACUACUACUACUACUACUACUACUACUCCAAGUGCUGCUCCCAAUGAUGACACCGUACCACAUGAUUUAACCAUACCUCCUACAUUUACCGAUAAAACAAAUAUAUAUAUAUUAUCUAGUGAUAUUUCAGAUAAUAUUGAAUUCAAGUUUAACAACAGUUUAUCUACACCACCACCCAGUCGAGAUAGUGAACAUUCAGUGAAUAAUUCACUAAAUAAUUCCUUGGAGUUAGAUUUCAAGUCAACAAUAAAUAAACUGAAUUCUUUAAUGCAAUAUGAAUAUGAGUUUACCGAUAACAAUAAUAAUUAUUGGAUUGAUCCUGGUAGUUUAAACGAAGAUGUUGAAACUAUAGCACAACCGAUGAGAUCGAUUGCAAUUAAAAACUCUUCAGAACAACCAGAAUGUACAUUGAGUAUUUAUAAUACACCAUUACAACAGUUAUCAGUAGUACCAACAGCAGCAGUAACAACAACAUUAACAACAAUACAAAAUCCGAUUCAUCCAAUCGAUGAGAUUUAUAUUGAUGAAGACUAUAUUAGUCAUUUAUCAUCAGAUGAUAAAAAUAAGAAAGGUAUUCUGGGACCUAAGAGUGAUAAAAAUAAUGAAGAACACAAAUCAAAUCAACGUUUUAAAUUCACUUCAGGAGCUUACAAUCUUUUUACUUCAGUUUUCAAUUUGGCAACAUUAUAUGUCCCAAGACAUAUUUACUGGUUAUAUGGUGCAACAUUUACACCAAGGGGGCAAUUUCAUCGAAUAAUGGCUGGUUGUGGAAUGGAAUUAUACAGUGUAGGAUUGAGUCAUCCAAUAAAUGUAGCAGGUGUAUUCAUUGGUUUCACUUUAGCCUCACCAUAUUUAAGAACAUGGCCAUAUAUUCUCUCUGGAUUAAUGAAUUCAUCAGAAAUUAAUUUAUUCAAUCCUUUAUAUUGGAUAGAUAGACCUAUAUUAGAACAUAUUGGCUGUUUAUUAUAUAUACUACCAUCUUCAAUACGUUGGGGCAGUACAGUUAUUGUUAAUUCUUUUCAACAAUAUCCAUGGUCACUAGCGAAUCCACUGGAACCAUCAUCAUCAGCAGCAGCAGCAUUAUCAUAAACAAGUUAUGAAUGAAUAAAUUUAAAUAUGCCGUUAGUUCAGAAAAAUAUCGUUCUUGUACACAUCAAUAUAUUCUAAAAACACUUUGAAUAUUACACUUAAAUAUACAUUCUAAACAUUCUAUCUAAAUAUAUUACUACGAUGAGACUAUAAUUCAUGGACGAACCAAUCAGGUGUAAGAUAACAGGUCUCGGAUUUCGGCGCGAAAUUCACUCAUCCAUCUAGCCAAAUAGAGUCUUGGCAUUAUAGCUGAUGUCAGUUCGUGGUGAAAAACUAUAAAUCUAAUUCCUAACCCUAACCAUUAAUCCUUAUUCUUCAAACUGCUUUAUAACCUUCAUUUAGCCCUAGUAAGUAGGAAGACACUCAUAAGGUCACCUUGGCAUCCCUCAAAAGUCGUCCAUAAAUUAUAAUCUCACCAUUACUACUGUAUAAACAAGUUCAUUACGUACUUCAUUCAUUCAUUUUUUUAAUAAUAAUUUUUUUUUGUAUUUAUACUUUUUAGUUACGUUCUUUUUUUGAAAAUCCAAUAUUUACUUUCAUUCAUUGUUUUAAUUGUGAUAUCUAAUUGUGGAGCACUUUUCGUUUUAUUUGGUUAAUGAUUUAAUGUUAUUUAAUAGAUUAUUUUUUGUUUGAUUUUCAUACAGAAAUGUAUUCUCUUUUAUUUUUUUCUUUAUUCACAAUUCUUUUCUUUUAAAUUUCCACUGUGAUAUGAAGUUGUUCUUUUUGUUUUUUAAGUGUGAAUUAAAAUGGGAAAACUUAAAUGAUAAAUAAAUGAUAAAUAAUUAACAAUAGUACAACAUCAAAGUCAUUAUUGUCAUCUAUAUCACGAAUAGACAAACAAUAACAGCAUUUAAUCUUCUAGUCAGUUAUUGUGAAAUAAGCAUGUGAUGUAAAUGACUGUACGUGUGUUUCAUGAUGUAAUUGUUGACAUUCGUUUUUUGGGUAUUAUCACACUCGUUGUUAUUGUUAUUUCUUUCAAAAGCACUGAAAAGUUAUUGAGAAAUAAUAAACACCUUUAACUUAACACACACAGUACCAGAGAAUAAUUGAGAUUACUAGUAGAAGGCAUUUGUUUUAUUAAUUGCACAAUUAUUGUUAUUACUAUCUUGUAUUAUUUGUUAGAUUCAUUUAAACAUAUAAUUAAGUACACCUUGCAAUAUUUUAUUCGGAUGUAAGAAAAGCAGUACGUGUUUUCGGCU